AUGUGCGUGGAAGAACAAGGCAUAAAAUAUCACUUGUGCAGUAUGAUUUACAUUGGUGAGUUUUAUUUCACUGCAAGGAUUGUUGACAUGAACAGUCAAACACAGUACAAUGAUAGAAUUGUUACAGGUAAUGCUCAAACAUUAGAAUACCCUGUGAAGGUGGCACACUGUACUCUCCUCAACAAAGCACAUGGUAGAUUUAGCUCUGUAGCAAUUUACACUAAACUUUGCUUAAUCUGA